UGAUAAUAUUGCUGCAUGUUCACUGCAAUGUGCUUAAUUGUCUGGAGAUGUUUGUUGAUGAUUGUAAAUUGUGUGUUUUCAAGCUUAAUGUAUUUUUCUCCUUUUAAGAACUGAAAUCUUUUUAAAGCACAUUUUAGACAGUAGGCUCAGUUAAUGUUUAUCUGUAAUGCUGUUGUAAAGCAACUUGACAUUCCUUUGCAAUACUAAGUGCAAAAUAAUUUACAUUGCUGCAUAAAAAAGCAUAGAGCAGAGCAAUUGCCCUCAUGCUUAGAAUUUGUUAUUGGGCCAAAUACUAUCCCUGAAAUGGCUAUUCCCACCCUCCAAAGCAGAGUACAUUCUUUUAUUGGGGAAAGGGUUUUGGUCCACAAAACCCAGGAUAUCUUGAGAUCAGCAGAAGCAUUGAGCAUCUGCAGUGCUUCCUGGCACUAUGGCAACAUAACUCCUACAGGAGAUAUGCUCCCAUCAGCUUCCGUAUUCAUCCUUGCUCCUCAAUCCCCCUUAAGAAAGUGGUUUCACUUGAUGCAGUGGAAACUGAAAUAUGUUAAUACUGACAGUAUCAGGAAUCCUUGAAUGGUUGUAGGAGAAGGAGGGAUUACUUCCGAAACCCCACUUCCACCUAUCCUGAUCCUACCCAUAGAGUCUGUUCCCCAUGGCAUAGGGAGGAGGAAGGGAGUGUGCUGUGGUGCUGGUGAGCCACCAUCCUGGAUCUUCUCAUUUUUCCUACCCUCUGUUCACAGAAGCAAGGGAGCAUGUGGGCCACUGUUAUGUUGUAUUAUUAUUUAAAUUGUGUGAUACGAAAGGAGAGAAGGUUGGCACUCACCUUGAUAAGGGUGGGAGAGUUGUAGUGGCCUUUUCAACACACAUAUGGUUAAGGCAUUGCCACUUACCCACGGCACCUAAUCACUUGUGGGAAGGAUGCCUAGAGCCCUGCGUAUGUACCCUUUCUUAUGUUUUGUACAAUUCUAAAAUAAUAAAUAAUUGGUUAGUAUUAAGGCAAAACUAGAAAAAAUACUUGAACUAAACCAUUGGCUCCAAGCACCCUAUUACUUUGGGAAUAUUGGCAUUCAAAUGUGAUGUUUGUGGAUUGGGACAUUCUCUAGUCAGAACAAGGCUAUCAGUCAAUUUACAGUUGAGAAAUAGGAGUUUAGGAGGAAACGUGUGGCCUGGUGGAAUCCAGAUGCACAGAGGAACUGAGGGAGAUCCACCCUAGGGGCAACUGCUUGACCACUGUCUGCUGGCUGAUUUUUAACACAGAAUUGCCAUCGACUCUUUUGGGACCCGCUUUCAGGCUAGAAAAAUGUUUGAAGGUGAAAUGGCAAGUUUAGAGGCUAUCCAGAAAACCAACACCCUGAGAGUGCCCCAGCCCAUUAAAGUGAUUGACCUUCCAGGAGAGGGUGCAAUGUUUGUCAUGGAGUACCUGAAGAUGAAAAAUCUCAACAAACACUCUGCAAAGCUUGGAGAGCAGAUAGCAGAUCUUCACCUUCACAACCAGAAACUUGGAGAGAAAUUAAAGAAGGAGGGAAACACUGUUGGUAAAGGUGCAGGACAUUCUGAACCUCAGUAUGUGGAUAAAUAUGGAUUCCAUACAGUCACAUGCUGUGGCUUUAUACAGCAGGUGAAUGAAUGGCAACGUGAUUGGCCUACUUUCUUUAUAUGUCACCGACUCCAAGCUCAAAUGGAUUUGAUUGAGAAAGAUUAUGGAGACAGAGAAGCAAGAGAACUGUGGUCACAGCUUAAGCUGAAGAUUCCUGACAUGUUCUGCGACAUGGAGAUUGUUCCCGCUCUUCUUCAUGGGGAUUUGUGGGCAGGAAAUGUGGCAGAGGACAAUUUUGGCCCAAUUGUCUUUGAUCCUGCUUCCUUCUAUGGCCAUUCUGAAUUUGACUUAGCAAUUGCUGGGAUGUUUGGAGGCUUUAGCAGCUCUUUCUUCUCUGUCUACCACAGUAAAAUUCCCAAAGCUCCAGGUUUUGAAAAACGAAACAAGUUGUACAAGCUCUUUAAUUAUAUAAACCACUGGAACCAUUUUGGGACAGAGUACAGAGGAUCUACUCUAAAUAUAAUGAGAGAGCUCUUAAAAUAACCAUUUAGAGGGUGUUCCUCAAAGAAAAUCUAUCUAUCACAGCCUCUUACUAAUUCACAUUGCCUACUUGUUGAUAGCAACACAAGCUAGAAAGAGUGACACAUUGAUGAGAAACCCACACGGCAGAUAUAAAAGAUGAAGGAUCCUUUGUACGCAUUUAAACCCAAUAAAUGCUUGCGGUGGUUGUAUAAUUUCUGCAUCAUGUUCUCGUUUACUAGCACACAUCCACAUUGGUGAGUUAGGAGAUUGUGUACAGUCUGUUAUCCAGUUGGUGAAACUACAUGUUUGAAAAGCAGUCUGAUUGACAGCCUCAUCUCAUUCUCCAUAGGAUAACCCAGUUUUCCCCACUCUGUCAUCACUCUUUGCCCUUCCUGCCCUAUAAGGAUCUUAUUGUGGGAUUGGAAAUAAUCACUACAUUUAUCACUUCCUCCUCCUCCACUUUUCCAUUUGACUUUUCUCCUCCGUUCCCCUCUACCUACCUCCUAAAGGAUCAACUCCAACAUCUGUUGAGGUCAGUGGGAGACUUUUUUGGCUUUGAGGGUAGUUGAACUGUGUCCUAAUUCAGUUGCAUAGUGCAGUCUAUGAGUUAGUAUUUCUUACAUUUAUUUUAAAUUAAAAAUUUUGUACUAGACAUUUUUAUGACUCUCCUUUCUAAAGGAAAAAUGCAGUUCAACAGAUACCCCCUAAGAGUAGGUCUCAGCGCCUACUGGAGAAUGAAAUAUAUAGGCAGAAAAUGGAUUAUCUACAUAAGAUGUAGAUAAAAAUAUAUUUUAUUUAAAACAGCCUUUUGAAAAACAUACUAAAAAACUCCCUGCAAUGUAACAGACUUAGCUGUUUGAGAAGAAGAAAUCAGCAAUUCCAGAUACUAUAUUGAUUGGUACUCACUCAAUACAUAUGAGUUAUACAGAAUUAAUCUUAAUAGAGAAUUGGGAAACUAACCUAUUCUAUCAUUGCUGAUUUACUAAAGUAAAGGCACCCUGUCAAAAUGGUGAGGUCCAAAAUUUAAUUGUUUUAUACUUGUUUGCAGAGUCCCUGUAAUUGUUUAUGACAGGGCUGCAUUCUCCACCACAAACAGGUGGGCUGCUUUUCGGAUUUAUAAGCACCAGAGUGUUAUUUAUUAAGUCCCCUCAACAGUUCAUCAGUAUAUGCUUGUGCAGUCAACGUACAUGUGAACAUAAACUUCCCCCUUAGCCUGCUUUCCAGGGAGGAAGGGGGAAAGACCUCUUAAUUCUGUAUCCUGUCCCUACCAGUCUCCUCCCCUUGUACUUCCUUCCUCUUCUUCCACUAUUCCCUGAUGAUGGGUUGAUUGUUCUCAGUAGCUCAGCAGCCUCCUGCCUAAUUAACAACUGUCUCCCAAUUAAAUCCACUCCAGGGGGAAUAGCUAGCACCAUAAUGAUGGGUUAGCGCUAGGUUCCUAGCACUCUUUCCAGUUGUUGAGCAGCUUUUCUUUUGAAACAUAUUCUGCUUGCUCUCUUUAUCUUUAAAAAAACAAAAUAGAUGUGUAAUAUUAGCAGCACAGAAUUGUGAGCAACCGUAGAAUAACAAACCUAAUUACCCUUUAAUGGAAGAAAAGAAGUGGUAAGUAAACAAAACAGUUAUAAUUAAAAUCCCACAAACGCAUACAUGAAUAGGAAUAUAUAUAUGGGAGGGAUACUGCCUGUAAUUGUAGGGCUUCCAAAGAUUUAUAAUGACCAAAUGAGUAAACCAGAGUUAAAAUGAUUAAAUAUGCUUUGCCACUUUUCUGUUAGUGUUAGCACUGCUAUUAUGAAUCAACUUGAAAAACACCAUCCUUCCAAUGAAGUAAAUCACAGCAGCUAUUGAAACAAUGUAGAUUAUUUUAUCCAUUUUUGUUUGUUUUUUAUUUUGUUUAAUGUAUAUAGUCUCAUUUUAAACUCUCAGAAACUUUAGACAGUAAUCAAGUGGAUUUUCUUUCAUUGUUCAAAUAUAUAAUGGCAGAAUCAGAGGGUUAGAUUGAAAACCAUGCUGCUUCUGAAUUCCGUUAAAAUUAGUCCAGAUUAUCACAAGUAAUUAAAGUGAUUAUGCUUCUGUGAUUGAAAUGGAAAGGUGGAAUAAUCUUGUUUAUAACUAAAUUGAUAGUGUAGUUAUUAGGUGGAGAAUCCAGGUCUGAGCUAACAAAGUCCAUGAGAGUUAAUAUGUAUUACCUAAAAUGUGAACUAAAAUACAUGUACUGCUUUGUAAAAUGUGAAAUUAAGAUAUGUGCACAUCAAAUAAAAUCUAGAUACUUGCACUGCAGUAACAAGA